GUUCCUGUGCAGCCAUGGAGAAGCUACAGAUUCUGUUAGCUGUCGUCUUGUCUCUGGGAACAGCCUCAGCUGUCUCCCUAGGUGUGGUAGAAACAGAAGGUGGCAGUGUUCAGGGACAAAACAUCCCCCUCGGUUUUUUCCGCUCUGUGGAUGUUUUCAAAGGAAUUCCCUUUGCUGCCAGGCCUGAAACAUUUGAGAAACCCAAACCUCACCCUGGCUGGGAUGGCAUCCUAAAGGCAACAAAGUUUGCUAAGAGAUGUCUCCAGAUCAGUAUGCUCCAGACUUCAAGUUUUGGUAGUGAAGACUGUCUCCACCUCAACAUAUGGGUUCCUCAUGGUCGACAUGUAUCAUCAAAUCUCCCGGUCAUGAUUUGGCUGUAUGGAGGAGGCUUUAUGGUUGGCGGUUCUAUGGGGCCAAAUUUUCUCAACAACUACCUGUACAGCGGUCAGGAAAUUGCAGACAGGGGCAAUGUAAUUGUGGUGUCAGUAGGAUACCGCGUGGGAGUACUGGGCUUCCUGAGUACAGGGGACUCUCAGUUACCAGGAAACUAUGGUCUGUGGGACCAACAUGCUGCCAUUGCCUGGGUGAACAGGAACAUCCGCUCUUUUGGAGGAGAUCCUGACAGCAUCACCAUCUUUGGAGAGUCAGCAGGUGGAGCUAGUGUCAGCUUCCAGACUCUCUCCCCUCAUAACAAAGGGCUGUUCAAGAGAGCCAUCUCCCAGAGCGGGGUUGCCUUCUGCCCCUGGGCUAUGAACAGGAACCCACGUAAGGUUGCAGAGCAGGUUGCUGAGAAGGUCGGCUGCCCCACUGAUGACAGGAUGGUGGCCUGUCUGAAAUCAACUGAUAUUGAGACUCUCACCAUGGCUGCUCCUACCAUGGUACAAGGCAACCCAGACCAUCCCGGUGUGAAAAAUCUGCUUCUGUCUCCUGUUGUUGAUGGAGACUUCCUCCCUGAUCAACCUGGCAAUUUGUUCCACAACGCUGCUGACAUUGACUACCUCGCAGGCGUUAAUAAUAUGGACGGACACCUCUUCACCGCACAGGACAUUCCUUCCCUUGGUAACAAGAAUCAAGAGACUCCUGUAGAAGAUGUGAAGAGACUCCUUGCUGCUUAUACCAAAGAGAAGGGACAAGCUGGCCUUGAGGUUGCCUUUGCUGAAUACUCAUCCAACUGGGGAUCAACACCCAGCCAGGACACCAUUAAGAAAACUGCGGUGGACAUUGGGACUGACUACAUCUUCCUGGUUCCCAUACAGACUGCCAUCUAUCUGCAUGCUGCUAACGCCAUUUCUGGCCGUACCUAUUCCUACCUGUUGUCUGAGCCCAGUUUAAUGGCUGGACCAGGCAAACCCUACUAUGACUGGGUGGGAUCUGACCACGCUGAUGACCUGCAGUACGUGUUUGGCAAACCCUUCACCACACCAAAGGCCUAUGGGGACAGACAGAGAGACCUCUCUGGCUAUAUGAUUGCCUAUUGGACCAACUUUGCCAGAACUGGAGACCCCAACAGAGGAAACCUGAAGGUGCCUGUGACCUGGCCUGAACUUACCAACACUAGACACCAGUUCCUGGACAUCAAUGGCAAGAUGAAUGAGAGCUCCAUUGGGCAGGAAAUGAGGCUACGUUUUGUUCAUCUUUGGACCAGCACUCUUCCCAGCCUCCCAUCGCAUGGUGUCACAGAGGCUCAGUGAUGCAUUUUUUUUUUUUGUCUAAAAUAGACACUAAUGUGCAAAUAAAA